UUUAUUUAGUUCACUUUCAUUAAUCAAUCUUGCGUCAGCGAUUCACUCUUCUUGCUUUUCCAAAUUGUCGCUAUCAUCUGUGUCAGUUUUCUGUACACAUAAUCUUAUCGUUUUUUUUCAUCGCGGAACUCAAACGAAAUCAAGAAGCGACUAACUGUGCUCAUUCUGAAUUCUACAACUAGUGACCUUCCAGUAGGAUUGGACUUCGGAACCAUGUCGCAGAAGAAGCCAGAAUUGGAGGAACGAAAACAUCAAUGGGUUGCGGAUGCGAUCGUCUUUCAAGAGACGAUAAGCAGACUGCUCGGCUACACAGAACACCACGAAGUCCCAGAAGGCCGUCUGGAAGAAAAAAUGAAAUACUAUUUCAAACUGAUCGGAAAUGAUUCCGACCCCGGAAAAACGUGGAAAGCAGUGACGCAAAGAAUCCGAGACGAAACAGAGGCAUCGUUUUCCAGUAGGUUACAACGCUGUUACUAUUUGAAGCCCAUCUUCAUAAGCGUCAUCGAUCUGGAUUUCGAGAAAUCGGGGAACUGUCUGGUAUUCCGAAUUUUAAAGGAGAAAACAGGUUGCUGCUUCUACGUCGACGAAGCUCGCACUUACGAGACGUGGACCGAUUACUUAGAGAACAACAUUUUACCCAAGUUACACUUGAUUUAUCCCUACGGAGGGGAUUAUAAAGCCCGAACGGAAAUCGUUCUGGCAGAAUCAGUGGCUUGCUCGCCUGUGAAACUAGCGAGGAAAAUUACGAAGAUAUUCGCAACGACAACAGCUCUGACAUCGACUGUUGCUCUAGCAGCCGUUCCUUUUUGCCCAAUUCUUGCCCCUGCCGCGUUGGGCUUGUAUAUCACGGCUGCCAGCAGUGGUAUUGUCAUGGGAGUGGAUGGUGUCGUGAAUCUGGUGGAUUUAGCUAAGCACAACGAAAGCUUAAAUGUCACCAAUAGCCGUGCUCUCGAUGCAUACGUAGAUAUAGGCUCAGCUUGCGGUGGUCUUAUCAGAGGUGGGGCUGCAACCGCUGCCUCACUUCUGAAAAGCGAAGCAGAGACGCUUACAAAAAUAUUAAGAGUCAUAAAAAUCGCUGGCAGCACAGUUCAGAAUGUCUCAUUACUCGUCAAAUGUCUGAAUCAUGAGUUCGGCGAACUAAGCCUCGAUGACCUGAAAGCUUUUUGCUUCAGCUUCUUGAAUACUGAUCUGGAAACAGCUGUCGGGUGGGCUAAACCCAUGAUUCAGUUAUUCCUCGCCGGUGUAGCUAUCUACAGAGGUGAUCCCUACACCGUUUUCCGAACGCUGCGGUCGGCUAAAGAUGUCGCCAUCCUCGUCUUUAGCUAUGUGCUGCCGGAGAUUUUAUCAUAUUUCGGACCUCAGAUCAAGGAAAUGGCCACUUAUUUCGGAAAUCUGUUUUGUAAUCAAUUUAGGCAUCGACUCCCCGAGAUAAUCGACGUGAAAACUUUCGACCGAAUGGGAGACGACCUUCUCGCUCUGAUCGGUAAAAUUAAUACAUUCUUCCAAAUUGCUGAUCCAUUGGAUGUCAAAUUUAAUGGUGUCCAGUUCUUCUUAACGUUUUCCAUUUCCUCAAUAAGAAUUGCCUGGAAGGCUCUGCGAGAACAUGCAGAAUGCACGAAAAAGAGGCACUCUUUGACGCAACCUCAGUUAGUCAAACUUUGGUUUCAGUUCAUGGACCUAAUAAAGGUACGAUCACCUCAACACCUAAUUAACGGCACUAACUAUUUUCUAAUACAACUAGAAAAAUGCUCACCAGAGUCGACUCGCCUUCUAUCAAGCCAUUUGGUCACUCCUUGUUAUCCACCAAAAACAUAUCCGUUAUCAAAGUGGGCGGAUCGAUUCACCUUCGAGAACGACCCUGAGACUCAGUUCAACGUGGAUAAACCAGAAUUCACUAUGGAAGGAAUAGCAGUUCAUAUAUUCUAUUCGCCCAACUUAAGCAAUGAGUUAACCAAGGAAUUGAAGCAAGAUUAUCGAAACAAAGUAGAAUGUAUUUUACGCAAGAAAGUAACCAAAGAAAAUUCAAAAUUCGACAAAAACGGCAACGGACGCAAUGCUCUCCUGAACCUUUCUCCAUGCCAUGAAGUUAGAAACGUCGUUUUUAAUAGAACUGUAUUAAAAAAUGGGAACGCUAUGGUUUUUGUAACAACUCUGAAAAACGGUGCAGGAGACCGAAGCGCCUGGGACAGAGAAAUGGCAAGACGCCUGUAUAGUUAGAAAUUCGUCCUCAAAUUUUAUUGUCAAUUAAUUAUUUUUAAAAAAUUUCCUUUGAUUUCACUCAUUCGUAGUUUUUAAGGUAGGUUUAUACCUUUUUUGUUUUAAGAUCACAUAUCUACCUAAGCCGAAGUGCCGUCAUUUUGUAAAAACAAUCAAGUGCACUGCUUGGCAGGAAGAUCCUCCUAGCGCACCCAAACCUCGAGCGUUACCCUGAUAACGUUUUGAAACCACCCUAAUAGUACUGACUGAUAAUGGACUUUAAAAGAAGUGUAAGAACUUGUCAAAAUGAGGAGUUGGAAAACCCUCUAUGAUCUCUUAUAAGUGAAACUUUCGUAAAACUGUUUUAAAAGUUUUGAAAAAAAAAAAACGGCUUUAAAAUUGUGUCACUUACAUAUCCUAAAUAUCACGACAGUUGGUGUCAAGUACAAAGUAAACUAAAAAUAUGCAUCGUAAAAAUAUAAAAUUGUACAUAUGUAAAAUGUAUGCAGUUUUCUUAAAAAUCUACUGAAGUAAAGUGAUGAAAAACUUCCCGAUGCAAAAAGAAAAUUGUAAGGUGGUAUUUUUACGCAAAGAACAAAGCAAAAGGGGUUUUGUAUCAAACAUUCGAACAGUUUUUUAAAUAGUUUCCUCUUUACGAACUGUCAAUUUUUUUUUUUUUAGUAACAGCCAAUGCCACUAGGGCUACAUUGAAUGCCCAGACAAAUUUUGGUCUUAAAAGGGAGGCGGAGUCAAAACGGCAAAGAGGGACUCUGUAGCACUGGUUAGGUGCCUUAAACUGUAAUUACAAUAUGGCCUAAGUGUGCGAUGUCCUUCCUUUCGAAAGAAAAUAAGGUGGUCUGUGAAGUGAAGCAUCUUCAGUGUUCAUUUGAUAUUGAAUAAUGUGAAGCCACUUCUAACUGCGAGUUGUGAGUAAUGUUAUAGUUAAAUUUUUAUGCACCGGAUGAAAUAAAAAUGUAUUUUUAUAGAGCCA